AUGACGAGGAAACUUCCAUGGCUCCAAACAGACACCAAUCAAGAUAGCUCAAGCUCCCGGAAUACUACUUCAUCACGCCCCAGAAGGCCGAGACCCAUAUUGGAUAGUUCAGACAUAGAACAGCCGCCAGGGAGACAGAAUCGCAGGGGGGCGGGGUCAAGAGCUGCAGCACGUGAAGUAUCUGCUACACCAAAUGAACCGCCCGAAGAAAGUUUCAUGAUCGAUGGAUUUAACAAUGAUGACCGGUAUCGUAUGGUCGAAGACGAAUUCCUGGACGUAGCAAAGGAGUUUACCCAGCAUCUCCAUGCCGCAGAGUACCAGCGUAUGAAAAAUAGCGCAAAGGCCCAGGAUGCAGCUACUAUCAAUGCAAUUUCUAGGCCGGUAACUACGAAGAUGGGAGGCGAAACACGUCGAAAAGUCGAAAGCAUAGCUAGGGCGAAGAAGCAAGCUGAUGCCAUCAAAGAUAUCCAUGGAGAUCAACCUCGGGAUGAGGACGAUUCAGAUGAAAGCCAGGGGCCUUGGCUUGGUACAGCCCUUCAUGGGCUCAUGGAAAAACCGAGGGCAUCCGCCGUUCCACUGACUGAGAUUUCGGGAUUCCACAGCACUACGAAGGCAGCUGCGGGCUACAAAGGGUCUACGGUUGGGCGAAUGGAAACCUACGAUAUGCCAGAUCCAGGGGAGUCUGAAUUGGCGAAGCCUGCCUCAGUAAAAUCUACUGAAGAGGAAGGGGAAACAGAAACCGAAGAUGAUGACGAUGACCUUGCUGCUGCCCCUGUGGCUACUAAUACAAGUUCUUAUAUCAAAAAUGAGUCGAUUGAAAGGAGAAAUACAAUCUCCGAGCCUGGGGAAGCAGGAGAAUCAGAAUUACUAAAGAGCGAAACGUUUGAACCGUCGUCAUAUAAUCAAGGGGAGCCCACUUCUGACGGCCGCACAAUGUCAUCAGAAAGCAUGGCCCGUAUUGCUCGAAGUAGAGAACAGGCCAGAAUAAGACGAAUGCAAGAAGAGAAGGAUACCAAGGACGCCAAGUAUAUGCCCAAGUUCCUAUAA